AUUCAAUUGGCCAACAUAAUAUAAUCUCCAUCAACUACGCAAUAAAUUUUCACUCUCAGCAAACCUUCACUGUUGACUUAUGUCACCUAGCUUCGACUCCCCGUCGCCGGCCGGCUCGAUAGGACGUCCAGACACCACCGAUAAUGAUUCUCUCUUCGCACAACCCCGCCCACGGCCGGCCAGGUCUUCGGCGCAAACUCAGGAGAUACGAACGCGAAACCGGCGGAGGGAGUACCUAGAACGGCAUCCAGGCUACUUCAAGUCUACGGAACAUGAACUCGCUGAUCCAAUUCUAUACGACUCUCUCAUUCGGCGGUUCCAAACGCCUGCCGAGCGAGAAGCAGAGGGUAAGGAGAAGGGAUAUGCUCGCGUAUUGGAAGGCUCUUUGCUACGGGGGGAGGAGAAGCUCGCAAGGCUGGCGGUGGCGACAGCAACGGGUGGUAAUUCUGGCACUGAAGGCGGUGAGGAAUCACUGGCGCCUACGGUAAUCGAGGGGCAAAUGGACCGGCAAAGCCAGACGACGAGAACCGUCAGACAGCCUCCAAGUCAGACAAUACCGACAUUAGACGAACCAACAUCAGCCUCUAUGAACACCACCUCCGCAAUGUUCGCCACUUUCACCACACCAGUCCAGCAACCGCUUCCUCGCUUCGGGGUUUUGAGCGAGCCUUCUUCUUCGUCAUCUACCACCAACGCCAACACCAACCAAACCACACAGUCUCCUCCUCUUCCAGCGGCAACGACGACGGUAACUACUACGGGCCUAUCAAGCACACUUCCAGUCUUAACAGGCACCGACACCCCCGCCCAGAGCCGUGAAGAAGGCCUAGACCAAUGGACCGCCUUCCUUCGCGAGCGGUUCGUCCGCGGUGAAGAUGAGGAUUUUGAUUACAGGAUCGUAGACUGCGAUGACGAGCUUGAUACCCUGGAGAGAAGAGAGGAAGAAGAGGCGUGGUUUGAUGAGGAGGAACCUGAUUGGGCUAGCGACGGUAGUGAUGGGGAGGAGAAGGCUGAGAAAGUGCUGGAGGGAGAGACAGGGGUGCAGGAUUUUUGAGAGGCUUGUGGAGUUGGAGGUGUGACGGGGGGGUUGCUGAGGAAAUUGGGGCGAGGAUAGUGUGGUGAUGGGCGGGCUGGCUGACUGAUGGUGAAGAUUUUGAGGGAAGGGCGGUUGUGGAUGGGGGUAUGUGUCCAGUUUUGGGCACCCUCAGGCUCGAAUCUGAUGGUUGGUAUUGGAGUUUGGUUCCUCUUGGGAUACAGGAUGAUAUAUUCUUUUGCGAGACAUCUGGCUGGGUUGGGUCUUCGCGACAGCUUAUCAUUUCACGGAUCGACGAUUAAGCGGCGGGCCUUCAAUUUCUCUCGUGUGUCAAUGUGGAGAGCUAAUCAUGGGAUGUGAUUCACGGAUCUAUGGGACGUUAUUGGGGAAAUGGGGGCUUCCAUGGGCUGGCUGGCUGGCGGUGAGGGCGUCGGGGCAAUGAUGGAUGUGAUUAUACCCAGUCUUGAGUAUCCCCGAGGCCCAAGUAUUGGUGGUUGACUGGAGUCUGGAUCCUCUGGAUGAACAGGACGUGCUUCCCGUCUUUUUUUUUCUUCUUUUUUUUUUUUACGCACAUCUCCAUUGGCUUUCAGACGUCCUAAGCGAUGGAGCUUGGGAACUUUUGUAAUGUCCCGUCGUGGAAUGGGGGAAGAAGAUGGGCGUCACCAACAUUCCAUUGGGUUGCUACUGGCCUAUCGCUGAUGUUGCCACGGUUCACAGACUUUUCACCAUCGAUGAAAGAUGUCAAUCCUAGUCAUUUAUGUGAAAAUGAUAUGUGUUGACUCCGGCUGAAACAAGCCGUUGGGGACCGGGGAAUGGCAGUUAAG